CGCGCUCAAGGCACAAUCAAUGAUCGUCACAUCUGCCGUCUUCCAGACCGGCCGUCGAGCUACGCUUUCCGUUUCAACGUCCAUACCGUGCCAACAUAGUGCUGCUGGCCAGGUGCGGCGGUAAUCGGUCGGCGUGUGAAACAAUUUUAAUAAUAAUAUCAUAAUAACAUAAUCCGCCCGCCGAGUGCAAUCUGACACCCGCGCGCGCGUGUCCGACGGCCAAAGCCGCCGCCGCCGCCGUGCCGACUACGCGAUCGUCGACGCACGUCGUUAAGUCGCGCGCUCCGAUCACGCAGUAACUAACGACGCGACGAUACGGACGGACGGGUCGAUCAAUACCACCGGGCGCCUAGGCAGCGUAGUAGCGUCGCGUCGUACAUCACAACAACCGCGGUCGUCGUCGUCGUCCGUUGUUUUUCACCGUGUAACGUUGCGUACCGCCGCCCGCCAACCCGCUCCACCCUUGCCUAGCAACUCCCCAACAACGCUCCCGACGAUAUAUAAUAAUAAUAAUAAUAAUAAUAUUAUCGAUAUUAUAUUCGUUCCGCCGCCGCCGAGGGUGUUCCGUCGGCCCGCCACCGUAUCUCUUCCACGUCUUAUCAUGACGGCUGUUACGUCGGCGACGACGUUACUCAGCCGUAUCGAUACCGUCACUGUUGUCAUUAUUACCAACGAAGUUGGUCGUACGUCGGUCGUGGCUGCCCAACGGCCGUCUCGCUGAAACUGUCUCCGUGCCGGUCGGACCCGCAGACCGACAGCAGCUGCCCGCGGUCGCGGUGACCGGUCAGUCCCGGUCGUAGUCGCUGUCCACUGUUCCCCUUAAUGACCAAAUAUCAUUGGUAAAAAACGGCGAGUAACAAAUCAUAGUGUAACUUGAGCAUAUAUAAGUUAAGAUGUCUUCCGAAGAUCUGUUACAACCAGGACAUAUAGUUAAAGAAAGGUGGAAAGUUGCAAGAAAAAUUGGCGGUGGUGGAUUUGGAGAAAUAUAUGAAGGUCAAGAUCUUAUAACAAAAGAACUUAUAGCUUUGAAAGUAGAAUCAGCUCGUCAACCUAAACAAGUCUUAAAAAUGGAAGUAGCUGUAUUAAAAAAAUUACAAGGUAAAGAACACGUAUGUCGUUUUAUUGGCUGUGGAAGAAAUGAACGUUUCAAUUAUGUUGUAAUGCAGUUACAAGGAAAAAAUUUAGCUGAGCUGAGAAGAGCGCAGCCGAGAGGUGCUUUUUCCUUAUCUACCACUUUAAGAUUAGGUGUACAGAUUUUAAAAGCCAUAGAAAGUAUCCAUGAAGUUGGAUUUUUACACAGAGACAUAAAACCUUCAAAUUUUGCUAUUGGAAGACUUUAUCAAAAUUCCCGUUGUGUUUUCAUGUUGGAUUAUGGUCUAGCUAGACAAUUCACAACUGCUAAUGGAGAAGUAAGAACUCCUAGAACUGCAGCUGGCUUCCGUGGUACUGUAAGAUAUGCUUCAUUGAAUGCCCACAAAAAUAAAGAAAUGGGAAGGCAUGACGACCUAUGGUCAUUGUUUUAUAUGUUGGCGGAGUUUGUUAAUGGUCAGUUACCUUGGCGGAAGAUUAAAGAUAAAGAGCAAGUCGGUGUUAUGAAAGAAAAUUAUGAUCAUCGCUCACUUCUUAAACAUCUUCCAUCAGAUCUGCGUCAGUUUCUUGAGCAUAUUCAGUCUCUUGAAUAUGCUGACAAACCAGAUUAUAAUAUGUUAACGGGUCUUUUUGAACGAUGUAUGAAAAGACGUGGUGUUAAAGAAUGUGACCAUUUUGACUGGGAGAAAACUACUGAAACAGUUCAACCGGCAGUUACUGUUAGUGUUAUUACAAAUAAUACCACACCAGUUAUUUCUAGGCCAAUCACUUGCACAUCCUAUGGUGCAGACAUCAACAAUCAACUAGUCACUUCUACUGUAGAUAAUGGACAAGAAGAAGAACCAGACAAUAAAAAAAAUACUCCAGAGGAGCAAAUACAAUGUGAUAAUAAUAUAAUUUACCGACGUGCCCAAAAACUUGAAUCUGAUGCAAAUAAUUCAGGUUCUAAUAAAAUUAUUUCUACUGAUAAAAAUUGUAAUGCUACAUCUAGCACACCAUUAGAUCAUUUACCAAUUCCAAAAAGUUCUCCUAAGAAAGUAGUUCAGCGAAGAGCUGUUUCUAUGCCUGGUUUGGAAAGAGAAACAGAAAUGUUAAAUGCUGCUAAGCGCAAUUCUUCCCAAACUAACUGUACAGUUGAUUCUGGUUUUCCACCAACGCCAUUAAAUAUUGAAGGUGUUCCUAAUUCAGAUCUGGGUAAUUUGAAUACUUCAGUUAUUGCAACUCAAGAAGCUAAUAAAGUUACAACAGCUAGUUCUCCUGUGGUUGAAGCAGAUAGUAUUGUAAAUCAAAUAAAAAAAGAACAACGCAGUUUACAUUUUGCUAGGCGACAAGCUACUCCUAAUAGGCAAAUCUUAAAAUCUUCUGCCACUACUGCCAGGGAUGUUACAUAUACUCAAUUUGCAGUAAUUGAUGAUGAUAAUUUAUCUGCAAUGCAACAAGUGACACGUGGUGGAGGAGGGCUAACUCUUAUGUCACAAUGGAAAUCACAAUUUGAUGACUCUGAAGAAACUGAUAAUGAGUGGAAGGCAGAAAAUCUUCAAAGCCCUGAACAUAGAUUAAGUUUGCAUGGUGUCUCUUUGAGUGGAAAAGAUAACAUUUAUCCUCAAUACCCAAACAAUUGUAAGACACCAGAUAAGACAUCUGGUAGAGAUCAGUUAGCACAAUGUUUUUCAAAAUGCACUGAUAAUCUGAUACAUAAUUCACUUUUAUCACGAGCUUGGAGUGAAAUACAAAUUGCUACAAAAAUAAGAACAAACCUUGAACCACCCUGGUUACAAGAAGCCGUCUUUGAUGAUAUUGUGUAUGAACUUGAUACAAGUAGAAAUAUAGCUGUAAGGAACACAGAAAAAAGUAUUACAAAGAAACUACAAAGAUCUAUUAGUCUAGCUAACAUUAGUUUGAGCAUUAUUCCUAAAAAAGAAUUUCAAACUCAAUUCAUACAACAAACAAAAAUGAAAUUAAAAGUUCCUUCUCUACAAGUUACCACUAACACAACCAGAUCUUCCAAUGACGGUGAUGAAUUAUCGGGAAAAUUAUUUGCCGAUGAAUCACUAAAAAAUGGGAAUGAUGUAUCUGAAAAUUGUCCAAUGGAAACGGUAUCUGGAAAAUUGGAAAUAAGAGUCGUUGAUCGACAUCUAAAUGAUAAUGAUAAUUAUUGUGAAACAACCAGCUCAAAACCAAAUGUGUUUACCGAGAAAGAUGACGAAGCUCACCGAAAAUGGGCUAGAAACAGAAAUAGUAGUGAUAUUAUGAAUAUAAAUGGGAAACAUUUUGAUGAAAACGAAUUAUCUAACAUUAGUAUAAAAUCAUUUUCCUCUUCCGAUCAAAAUAACAAAAUCUCAGAUCAUAGCAGAAGUAAAAAACCACCUCAACCUAUAAUUCUUAACAAAAACAGUAAAAUUCCAUUACCCGUCAACCAAAAAUUAUCAGAAUCAAAUGAAAUAAAUUCAGCAAUGUUCAGUGACGAAUCAAAAUCUAGUGCAACUAGUAAUAGUGGAAAACAAUUACCAGAAGCCCUUUUAAAAUGUCGUGGCCAAAAUUUACUUACAGAAGUGCGUAGUAAACCACCAACUUCUGAAGAAAUUGAUGAUCAGUAUACUCCUGGUCUUAGAAGACGACGACAACUUCAAGAUAAAUAUGUAACUGACCCAUCCCAAUUAAAUUUACGAUUUCAAAGACCUCAAAUGCGAAGGUCGAGAGAAUCAUACUAUAGAUCUAGAUUUUCUGGUAGUCAAGAUGAUAAUACCGGAUUAUUUUCAAAUUAUAGACCUGUAUCUGGUUCAUCUAGUAGAAGUCUUGAACGUAAUUAUGAGUCUGAUAUUUUAUCAUCUCCUACCUUGAUACCACCACCGAGUAUGUAUUCGUCGGAUGUCCAAACUCUUGUUGAAAAUAAUGCUAGAUGUCGCCGGUAUCAAAUUUUUAAACCUACUGAGCUUGCAAGAGAUUAAAAUAGUAUAUUAUAAAUUUAUAGAUUAUAUUAUUAUAUUCAUUUUCAUUGAAGGUAUUUAAACUAUUUUCAACGUAUUUGAAUAAUUAGUUUAAACUUUUAAUCUCGCAUAAAUUGUGUUUAUGAAUCAUAUUGUAUUUUAUUUAUUUUAACGUAAUUAUAUAAUAUUAUAAUUUUGUUUUUUUAUUUAAGAGAUGCCAAUUGAGUUCUUAAACCCAAAUCCAAGAAAGACCAAAUUUUCUCUGUGGCUUAUUUUCAUACUACAAUUUUCCAUUUAACUCAGUUAAAUUACUUUCUGCAACUACCUAUUUUUCUAAACUUGAAUUUAGUUUAACCACAGUUCUUGAACUUUUUUUUUACCUGGUGAUUAUAUUUCACACGUGCAUUAUACAAAAUGUAAAAUAAUAAUUAAUCAUUUUAAUUUAAUUUAAUAUUAACAAUAUUCUAUUGUAUUAGUGUCUUAAAUUUAAAUUUAUUUACAUACAUAUAUCAUCGAAAACAACAUUAAUCUAAUGUAAUAAUCGUAAAACUUUAUUCAUUAAUUUUUUUAAAAUAAAAUAUUGUUAAUGGAAUUUUAAUUUAGUUUAAAGUCUAAAUUGUUGUACGUACACCAUUGCAUCUCAUUGGUAUUUUUUGUGUGUUGUAUACGGUUUCAUUUUAUUUUUUUCACAUCUUAAACAGCUUUAUGUCAUUGUGUUAAUUUGUUUAUUUAUUUAGUACAUACAUAAUUUAUUCAAAUAUUGUCAACAACCCCUAAAGGCUGUGAUAAAAGUAGUAUUCUAAGGUUUUAACCUGCUCUAUAAAUAUUUCAAACAGCGCACGGUGAUAACAUGUUUUUGAUAAUACAAAUUUGUUUAUGAGAAAAAAAAAUUAGCUCUACAUUUAAAAGAUCUCUGACCUGUACGCAUACCUACCAAUAAGUUAAUACAUAGAAAAUCCAUUUAAAAGCUGCUUCUAUAAACGCACUAUUGUCAAGUUCCUAUUUGUUACUCGACCUUUACUUAUAUUAGUAUAUCUGUCAGUACCUAUGAUGCUACUAAAUAAAGACGUCAAACUCGCUAA